CAGCACCGUGCGCCGUGAGCACCGCCGUGUCGACCACGUUGGGACAAGGCCUCCGGUGGCCAGGCCGCCAUGGAGUCACUGCCAGUGUACCAUGGGAGCAUCACGCGGGAGGCCGGCGAGAAGCUGCUGCUGGACUCGGGGCUUGAUGGCAGCUACCUGCUGAGGGACAGUGAGAGCAUCCCGGGAGUGUACUGCCUCUGCGUGCUGCAUCAAGGUUACAUUUAUACAUACAGGGUGUCCAAGACAGAAGCGGGGUCCUGGAGUGCUGAGACGGCGCCCGGCGUGCACAGGCGGCUCUUCCGGAAGGUGCACAACCUGCUCACGGCCUUCCAGAAGCCCGACCAGGGCAUCGUGACGCCACUGCAGCACCCCAUCGUCACCGAGGGCAAAGCCAAGCCCCCCGCAGGGAGAAAGGAAGGCCAUGACUUUUACCUGCAGCCAUCAUGAAGACACCUCCCCAAGUAUGGC